CUGUCCUCGCCCAUACAUAACCUUUCAAACGAUGUGGGAUAAAUAAAUCAAUAAUUAAACAUUGAACAAAAUGGUACAACAUUCAAGUGAAACUGACAAAUUGUGACUUUAAAUCGGUGCUUUUGGACUCGUGCCUCAUCAGGAAUAAAUGCAAGUUUCCUGAACACCCAACGAUUCUUUAGUGUUCAUCCUGAUGUUGCAUCGAAGUGAAACGAUCUCCUGGCAUCCCUGUCCAAUAUAACUGGAUAUGGAGCAGUCAGAUUUGGCUCAGAAUGCAUCUUCAGAUAAAGGAACCGUAAAAGUCUGUCUUCCUAAUGGGGGCUUCAACGUGGUGCGGCAUGGCGGCAGCAUCAACAUACAAGGAAUCAUCACGAUUGUAACGCAAGAGCGACGAUCCACUGGAAAUGGAUAUUUUAGUGGAUUGUACGCAAUGCGACUCACUAGGCCGUCCUCCAAAGAGGUUUACUGGUUGCAUAAGGACUUCACCAUGCAACAAGUGCAGGAAAAGUACCUUCAAAAGUGUCCGGGGGCCGAUUGGCGGUACGAUCUUCGCAUCAGGUACCUUCCGGAAACACUGCGAGAACUGGCCAAUAAAGAUACAGCGACAUUCAAUUUCUAUUAUGAGCAGGUGAGAAGCGAUUACUACUUAGAACUGCACACCAAAGUGGAUCAGGACGUGGCGCUUCAGAUCUGCUGUUUGGAUAUUCGGAAAUAUCUGUCCAACGCGUCGACUGGACUGGACAAGAAAUCAACGCUAGAGUACUUGGACCGUGAGAUCGGCUUGCAAAGAUUCAUCCCGCAUGGAAUGCUGGAUAAAAUCAAGCCAAAACUGCUGAAAAAGCACAUUCAAACCCACUGCAAAAAGCUGGCAAACACCAGCGAGCUGGACUGCAUGCUGCAGUUCUUGGAGCUGCUGAAACUGCACACUCAAUGCGAUCAAGAGCGAUUCGAAGUGGAUUACGGAACCAGUGAAAGCUUCACCAUUCCAAUCGAGCUGAUUAUCGGGCCGGAUGUCGGCAUCCAAGCUUCAGCUGCAAGGAGGAUCGAGUUCAAGCACAUAAAUAAACUGAAGAUUGAAGACUGCAAAGAAACUUCCAAGGUGGCUCUUCGACUGAAACUCACCACUAGCGCUGAGAUCCUUUGCUUCAUCUGUCCGAACGCUGCAGUCGCUGAAAGCCUGGCGGAUCUAAUCGAUGGCUAUUGCCGAAUACAUUCCGAAGCUGAGUGCUCAGUUUGGACUGCUGAAGAUUUUUCCGAAGCAGACCGCAAGAGGUUUGGAGGCAGGCACAAGCUGGGAAAUAACGAUGGGAUCCUGCUCGCAGAGGAUUAUGCGGAAAUUAUUGAGGAGGGCGACUAUUCGGUUCCCGCUGUGAGAGACUAUGAAUUAAAUCGCGACCACAUCGAGCUGGGAAUAAUAUUAGGCAAGGGCCAGUUCGGGGACGUUCACAAAGGCACAGUGAUGACCAAAGAAGGCACUACCAUUCCAGUCGCGAUUAAAACGUGCAAAAGUGACGCAGAUGCGUCCACGACAGACAAAUUCCUGGAGGAAGCAUAUAUAAUGCAAAAGUUUGACCAUCCCCAUAUAAUUAAGCUGAUGGGCAUCUGCUCAGACUCGCCAGUAUGGAUAGUGAUGGAACUGGCCAAAUUGGGCGAGUUGCGCGCCUAUUUGCAAAGCAACCGCACCCUACUGGAACUGGAAACGCUCCUAACCUUUGCCUUUCAACUCUCCACCGCGCUGAGCUAUUUGGAAUCGAAGAAAUACGUUCAUCGUGACAUUGCAGCCCGAAAUGUGUUGGUCAGUUCCGAAACCAGUGUGAAGCUGGCCGAUUUCGGACUGUCCAGAUGGAUGGGCCAAGAACAGAGCUAUUACAGGGCGUCUAAAGGCAAACUGCCCAUCAAAUGGAUGAGCCCCGAAAGCAUCAAUUUUCGCAGGUUUACCACUGCUAGUGAUGUUUGGAUGUUUGGCGUGUGCAUCUGGGAAAUCUUAAUGUUGGGAGUGAAGCCCUUUCAAGGGGUAAAAAACAACGACGUGAUUGGAAAAAUCGAAAACGGCGAACGAUUGCCGUUGCCCGAGAAUUGUCCGCCGCGUCUUUACUCGCUGAUGUCGCAGUGUUGGUCGUACGAGCCGAGCAAACGCCCCAGUUUUAAGGAUAUCAAAGAAAUCCUCCAGGAAAUUCUACUUGAAGAAAGAAGCAGCCAGCAAAACACUUUGAGACGCGAAACUCGAAGGGUGGCCGCUAUGUCCUGGAGUUCAAUGGAUGAUGUCAGUCCGCCGCCGAAACCCUCCAGAUAUCCAGUAUUAGAAUCGGUGUCGAUUCCGAACGCAGAGUCAGGAAGUCCAAUGCCUCAAACCUACAUAGUGGCGCAAAAUCCCGAAGUUCUGGCGCAUUUGAUGAGAGAGAACGAGAACAGAGGAAUCACUCCGGCCAUGUACACCGUGCCCGCUUCGCUCUCAGCCCAACUGAUGUCGGAUAGUGCCAGGGAAAUUAUCCAUCCAAUCACUGAGCAUGUUUUGGAGCGCCGUUUGCGCCAGCAGCAGCUGGAGUCCAACGAGGAUUCCCGAUGGUUAGCUGAGACUGAAACUAACUUGGAAAAGCGUUUCAGUGCCGUCCCAUCCGAGGCAACCAGUUUGGAGAGUUUGAACAAAUCGCACAAUUCCAAUACCGCAGAUUCAGACCCGGGGGGAGCUGCUCAGGACCUGAGCUCGGUCAGGUUUGGCGCCACUCUGCAGAGCAGCUCUGAGUCGCUGAACCGAAGCAAAAGUUCUUCGCCUGUUCUGUCCGCGAGCAGGCUGAACAGUUUGGAGCGCCUCCCUCACUCAAAGGACUCCAUGCCAGCCCUUAGCUUGGAGCGAGAGAACGAUAGAGUUUAUAAAUGCACGACUGAAGUGGUAAAAGCCAUAAUGUUGCUGUCGCAAGGCGUGCAGCAUUCGCGGUUUGAUCAGUAUUUGAAUCUGGUGAAAAACGUCGGGUUGGAGCUACGGCUGUUGCUCACCAGUGUAGACGAAAUUGUGAGCAGUUUGCCUGCCAGUAUGCUGCGCGAAGUCGAAAUGGCCCAUAAAGUGCUCUCGAAGGACAUGAGCGACUUGGUCAGUGCCAUGAAACUGGCUCAACAAUACAGCAGAACCACUUUGGAUGCAGAAUAUCGAAAAGGCAUGUUGAGUACGGCUCAUAUUUUGGCAAUGGAUUCAAAGAAUCUUUUGGACGUGAUCGAUAAUCUUCGAAUGCAACAUCCCCCAUUAACCCCCAGCUCAAACGAACUGCCGGAAUAUGCUGGCAGUAAAGGAAGUUCGGAAGAACUGUCCUCAAAUUCAGUAUUGUCCAACUUUGAGCCGAAUGCGGCGCAAAGUGAACCAUCAGAGAACGUAUUUAAAGAUAAACAUGCUAGCUAAAAAGUCGCUAAUUAGUGCUGAAAAUUAGUAUGUAAUUAUGUGUGAUAUUAUUAGCAUAUGUGGAACCGGCUAAGUAGAAUACUCUCAGUUUUUGCUCUUCGAGAUUAAUCGGACUAGCUGCGUUUACAGUGGAGGUUCGCUUUAACAAGCUCUAACAGUAGCAUUAUUAUAACCAAAGUUAACUUUAUAACAGGUCGGAUGUAAGCAGAUUUCAGGGAAUAUGUUUUUUUUUUCUUUUAAAGAGUAGGAUUUGGGAGUUUCCGUAACAAUUUGACAACAUUCCCAAUUAACGAGGCAAAUAAGCGAACUACAUAUUCAGUUUGCUGCGCGACAAUGCAACAAAUUAGCGAUUACGUUGGAAAUUUAUAAUUUUAUAAUCUUAUUGAUUGAUGAUUAUCAAAUACUGUGCUAUUUUAAUUAUUAAAUUGUUUUUGUUA